AGGGUCCUCGGGCCGACAAAUACUAUACAUUUUAAUUUUUUCUUCCUUCAGGGUAGAACUACAACGUUGCUUUUUGUCAAAACAGCGCAGAACACAACCACCUAUCCGAAGGGAAAUAUACCCCGCGGCUCGACCCUGUUUGGUCUUUUUGAAUGCAGGCAUUUUAAAGGAUCAUCUGUUUUAUCUCCACUUAUCGGAUGCAUCCACCCCGGGAUUUUUUUAUUUUUUAUGAAUGAGGUCCUUGUCUGCUUCGUCUGCCCCGUUUUGUCUUUACCGAGCUUGACUGCAACGUUAAAUACUCGCAAAGGAUUCUUCAUACACAAACCCCCAUUAAUAGUCCUUGUCAAGACUAAUACCCAUUGUAUACGAUGAUUAAAUGUGAUGCCACAUCGGAUAUCACCACAUCUUCGUGAAUAAACUGCUAUUUCCUCAAUUAUAUGACCAUUUCCAUGGGCUGAAGUCGCUUUUGGCUGUCAUCUUGUAACCUUGUGUGGAAGUCAGAAGCUAAAAUAGAGUCUGAAUCUCCAAACACAAGAAUAUAAUUCAGAUACUGGAAGGAACGAACGAUUCAAAAGUUCUUCAUUUCAACACAAGACGCCGUGUCUCCAUGGAGACAGUGUCAUCUCGUGCCCUGAAGCGCAGAUUCAAAGAGGUGGACAGCGGCUCGCCGUGUUCCACACCCAAAGAUUCGGACGAUGACAUCUCCAGCAGUGACAGCGCUGAUAGCUGCGACAGUCUCAACGCUCCCUCCAGCUCUCUCAUGCCCCCCUCCAUUCUCAGAAGACACAAAUCCUCUUUAGGUCGUAAGCAGGUACGAUUUGAUGCAGUGACGGUCUACUACUUCUCUAGAAAGCAGGGCUUCACCAGUGUGCCCAGUCAGGGUGGCAGCUCCCUGGGCAUGGCGCGCCAUCACUGUGCAAUAAGACAUUACACCCUGGGCGAGUUUGCACAAGAACAAGAAAGCAGCCAUAAACAUGUGCUGCGUCAGCACCUACGACAAGAAAAGCUUAACGCUCGCAAGUUAAUGCUUACACGAAAUGGUACUAUAGAGUGCCCUGAAUCUGAGUUGCUCACCCUGGAUGACAUAUCUGAUGAAGAUCUGGACAUGGAGAGCAUGGAGGUGGACGACUGCUUCUUCCUUCAGCCUCUUCCCACCAAGAGGCGCAGGGCACUACUAAGGGCCUCAGGCAUUGCCCGCAUAGAUGCCAGAGAAAAGGCUGAGCUGCGUGCCAUACGUCUGUCCCGUGAGGAGUGUGGUUGUGACUGCCGCUUCUACUGUGACCCUCGGAACUGUGGCUGCAGCCAGGCUGGAAUUAAGUGCCAGGUGGAUCGGAUGUCCUUCCCAUGUGGCUGUACCCGUGACGGUUGUGGUAACACCGCCGGCCGCAUCGAGUUCAACCCUCUGCGUGUGCGUACACACUAUCUCCACACUAUCAUGAAACUUGACCAUGAGAAAAUAAGCUUGCUGGGUGUUAGUUCUGGAGAAGACUGCGGAGAUGAGACAGAGCUGGUGUCCUCGCCAUAUCUGUCUCUUUCUUCCUUGGACUCAGAUGUGGUAGUGGAGACCCUCAGCAUUCGCGAGGAGCAGUGUGACAGCUUUGAGCGUGAGAACGAAAUUGCUGUGCUCCACCUCCAGAGUGCAGAGGAACGGGAGAGGAGGCGGGAACAGGAAGAGCAGCAGCUAGAGGAGGCGCAGACCACUGACCCAACCCUUUGUCUCCUGCAAGGGUCCUUGACUAGCCAGGCUGGGAUGGAGGCCAUGGAGGGUGUACUUCUAGAAGGGCCUUUUCCUGAAGGUGCAACCCUGCUGUGUAUUACAGAGAACCAUGCUGAUGAACAGACCCAGCAGAGGUUGCUCAAAGACCCGGCUUCACUCCUCUACUAUCAGGUAGGCCCUGUGGAGACAGCAGCUUUUGAGACACUUCCUGUUCAAGGUGAGGAUGUGGUCAGCGGGGUUGGAAAGCUAGAGACGGAGACUGAGAAUGAUCGUCAAAAACAAGGAACCUGCAGGCAGGAUUCGACUGAAAGCGUGUCUGCUGAAGUUCCUCCAUCUCCAGAAAUUAACCCACAUGGGGAAGAAGAACAUCUUUGUCCAGAGCAGGCCUUGAAUGGUGAGGAAUGCCUCGAGACCUGCCUGGCACUGGAUAAAAAGACAGUACAGCUUCCUCCAGAAGUGUAGAGCCUAUCACCUCUGCAGAUGUUUUGCACAAGUUAGUCAAUACAUUCAAAGAGAGCCUACUCCACACAGUGCGAUAUGUUAGACAGAGUAACGUUAAUUACAGUAAAUCUUAAAUAAACAAUUUACCUACAUGAGUUUGUAUCAGAUUUAAUCAGCGAUAACCGUGCUGUGUUUGAGGUAGUUUGUCAAAGGUAAAAUAAGUUAUUAAAAAGAAAACAAUAGAAAAAUGUAUUUAAAACAAUGACAAAAGAAACUCAAGAAAAGGGGAGAUCCUGAUUUGAUUUCAAGUGUUGCUGUUUUCCAAUAUAGUAUCAGUUUAUAAUUUGUUACUUGCGGAAAAUGUGGCCUUUAUGUCAAGGAACAAGCAUUUUCAGGAUUAGCCAGUGGCUUCUUAUGGCCUUUCAAGUUUUGUAGUUUCCGGUAAAGCACCCUAACAAUUAAUUGGCUCUGUCCCAAACGAAGGCUGUGUGUAAGCCCACACAGAAUCUGUGUGGUCAGAAUUCUGCAGAAUUUGAAUGCAUGUCAAAUUCUUGCCUUCAUUUAUAGUUUUUUUUGUGCUAAUUUGAUUAUUCUGUCCGUAGGGUUGACAACUUUUCACUACGUGAAUACAGGACACUAGAAUAUUAAGCACUUCAAUAAGAGACAAAAUGUUUUCAAUACAGGUCUUUUUCCUGUCCGGCCUGAGUCUUGCUGCUAAAAAUGGGACAAUAGGCACCCAGAAUGGGGCAUUUUUGUUUGGGCCAAAAUACAAGACAAUACAAUACAAUUCAAACAAGCUGUCUGCUACCAAUCGGAGUGUUUAACACUUUAAUCUCAGUUGAACACAAUUCACCAUACAAUGUAAAUGUAUAUACAUCCAUUCCACAGAAUUCUGUAGAUUUACCCCUAAAAUCAGCACAGUAAAUGCAAAUAAGUCUGCAGAUUUAAUCUGGGCCUGGAUAUAUACUAAGUAAUAUCCAUACAGCUAAUGCUAACCCAGUGCUAGUGCUAAGAAAAGGGAGGUUGCUAGUGUUUAGGAGAGGGUCGCUGAGUUCGGAAUGGCAUACUACCCAUACUACACUUACUACUUUUGCCAUAUAAGUCUAUGGCAGAAAUAGUAUGGUAGUAUGCAAUUCUGAACUCAAUCGGUGUUAAUGUGUAGCAUCCCUUCUUGUGAAUAGACCUAACAAUCCUGGAAAUACUUGGUUUUCAUGUACUGUACAAGUGUUUUGCUGAGAGCUAGCAUGAAGAAGAGUGAAAAAUCUGCUUGUUCUCUGUAUGCACGUUGAAAACUUGAUACGUUUGAAAUUGUUGAGGCAGAUCGGGAGAAUGAAUGAAUGUGCAAGCCAAUUGCACAGCAUUGACCUGGUGCCAUUUGAAGCUGUAGCCUACCGUCCAGGUUCGCAGAUGUUUAUUUAUUUACCACCGCUUUGAAUUGUGAGGGCGAGGACAAUGUGUGAUCAAGAAUUGUCAUCUACAAUCUUUUACAAUUUUUUUAUUUUUUUUUUAUUUUAUUAUCAUUUUUUUUAUUAGUAUUAGUUUUUUGGGGGGUUGAAUUACAUUUUUCACAUAUUUUGCACAUCAAGCAUUUAAAGAUUAUGUAAGAGAUCAUAGCUUUGUAAUUUUACUUUGGGUUGAAUGUGAAAAAAAUAAGUUGCAUGGGUGAAUUUCAAGAAACCUGUCAAGAACAUGUCCAGGUCAUAUUUCACCCCAAAAUUUAAAAGAAAGAAAUUGCACAAAGAAAAUGAGUGGAUAUUGACUAUUUUAGUCUUUGAAAAACACAUGAUAAAGAUCAUUUGGGGGAAAAUGUGCUUAAUUGGAAUUAAAAUAAUCCUAAAAUAAUUGCUUAUUUUUUAUGCAUAAUAUUUUUCUGUCAUUUUGGGUUGAAAUGUGUACUGGCCAUAAAUAAGGCCAUGUUUGAGAGAUUCAUCUGUAUAUGUUCACAACUUUUAAAACUGGUACAUAAAAUUCUAAGGUGAUCUUUAUACAUAUACAUGAAUAUGUAUGACAAGGCAAGUCAGACUAGGGGGAGACUACACAUAUCAUAACAUUGAUUUGCACAUGGAUCCUCUUUGACUGCUUUGUCACACUGGGCCUAGACUUACAGGUCUUGGUAUUUACUUAACAUUACAAGGCUGAUUAUAAGUUCCUGUUGACAGUGCACAUUGUUUUAAACAUUCAAACCCUUCUUUAAACUCAUAGAAAACAAUCUUCCUCUUCUCUUUACCCCCACUGUUCUUACCUUUUGUAUUUUAUCCUUAACCCCUUCCCCAUUUCUCUUGUUUUAGAAUAUUAAUUACUGUAUGUUGUUGCCGUUUGUUACCUAGAUGCUUGUUUUGGUUUACUUUUUAAGUGUUAGUUAAACGCGUAAAGUAAUAAUUUGACUGGUUACCUGAAAGAAAAAAAAUUAUGUCUUCAAAUAGUAUAACAAAUUCUGUGAUGUUGCUAAAUUAUUUAAACUUAAGAAACACUAAGAAAAUGUUAUGAAAAUGCAAACUAAGUGUGUGUGUGUGUGUGUGUGCGUGCGUGUGUAUGUGUGCCUGUGCAUGUGCCAGAAAGAUUUGUGAGACAAACCAAUAUUUGCCAGUGCAGUGUUGGAUCAUCAUAUUUCAAAAGGUGCUCUUCUUUCAUUUCUUUUUUGGUAUUCAUAUAAACACUAUAUGGAGAGAGAGAGAGAUUCAGAUGAUCAUCAUAAAAAGUUUAAAUGAGCCCUCAUUGACAAAUGUAAAUUUUCAUCUGAAUUUACUGAUACAGUUCCAUUUUAACUGUUGCAAAUCUAAUUAUUCCAAGUAUCUAUCUGCUUCAGGUUUGCUUGACCUAUAGGGUAAUGUGUCAGGUGAUGUUUAUUCAUUAAAUUAGUUCAAAUGGAGCACUUGAGGCUAAUCAUGAAUUCUUUAGCAUGGUUGUUUUCCCUUUCAGACUUUAAGAUCCAAGUAAAUUCAUACUAAAUCUGCAAUAAUUAAGAAUUUUUGCAAAUGACCAAUCAAG